CCUUCAUUCUAUCUUCACUACUUGCUUUCUCCAUCUAAAAACCUCCAUUUUUUAGCUUUAACUCAGUCAGCAUAACAUUACAAAGGACAAUAUUCUUGAUUUAAAUAUAUUCAGGCGCUAAUAGCAAUCAAGAAAAUUACAUCGAAAAGUAGGAUAUGGCCCUAGAUCUUCAUUUCCAAGAGCAAACAGCAGAGGCUGUCUUUGACGAGUGUCCUACUCCCUUAGAGAAGUGGAAGACGACGUUUGAUGAUGAGCGUGAAGACAAUCUAUCUGGUGGUUUUGAGUGUAACAUAUGCCUGGAUUGUGUGCACGAUCCUGUGGUUACAUUUUGUGGUCACCUCUAUUGCUGGCCUUGCAUUUACAAGUGGAUUCAAUUCCAGAGCAUCCCUUCAGAAAAUUCGGAUCAUCAACAGCCUCAAUGCCCUGUUUGCAAGGCUGAAGUUUCACAAAAAACCUUGAUUCCACUCUAUGGCCGCGGCCAAGCUACAAAACCAUCUGAAGAUGACGUUCAAAGUAAAGGUAUGCUCAUACCACAAAGACCUCCUAGUCGAAGAUGUGGCGGUCACACACUGAUAGCAACUAUCGAUUCAAAUCCAUCUCAGCAACCUCAUCAUCAAAGCAAUCGUCUGCAGUCUCAAACACAUCAGCCUUAUCCUGCCAGCCUUGAUGGCACGACAAUGAACGCUUUACAUCCCAUGAUUGGGGAAAUGGUUUAUGCACGAGUAUUUGCAAACGCAUCACCGACAUUGGAUUCAUAUCCAAACUCAUAUCACCUAGCAGGCGGCAGAAGUUUGAGAAUGAGACGGCAACUAUUACUUGCUGAUAAAUCACUUGGUAGAGUAUAUUUUUUCCUCUUCUGUUGCGUAGUAGCAUGUCUGCUCUUGUUUUGACCACUUUUUCCGGUACAUUUGUAUACAUUUUAGAAAUAUGAGUACAAUAGUAGAAGAUGAAUAUACGAGCUUGGCUCAAUGUUACAUGCCAAAGAAGUUUUUCCAUCUUUUUUCUGGCUAGGAUUUAAGUCAUAUACACUCUUUUACACUAUUAGUGAAUUUUAACCUGUGAUAGCAACUUUGUUGCUAUUUUUACCAGAUUACCUAUUAGUGCAUAUCAAGAAACCUGCAUGUAAUUACCUAAUAAGGAAUCUGAUUGUAUAUAAAAAUUACAGUGUCUGUGCUUAGAAACUCAAUUCUGGCUCU